AACCGGAACCGUGAUGACAAGAUUGAUAAAGUAGAAGGAUCUGCUCUUGGACCUUCACCUCAACCCAUCUUUCCUUUAGUCAAGUCCUUGCAUUGCACACUUCAGCUAGCCUACACGAGGGCAAACUGAUCGUGUAUACAAGCAAAGGAUAUGGGAUAUCGGAUGUCAGAAGGGUUCUUCAUUCGCAUUGCCCAGAUGAAUGUACGAGAGCAGUAUUAAACAGUCGCCUCUUUUUCAACAGCCGAGAGCAGUACGCGAAGUCCAGAUCUAGAAGAGAGAGCUGCGCUAUUGCUGGCUGCAUGGCUAACAGGCCCUCUGUCUUAGGGUCGACAGAGAACAAAGGGUUUGUACCUUCUUUAAUGUCAGACGUCCAUUAUCAUCCCGCAUAUGUUUUUCUGGACUAGAUGAAGGAUAUAGAAACACUGUGUUAAGCUAUGAUCUGGGCCGCUCCUUUCGUUUACCACGACAAUUUGCCUUGUGUAUUGCAUACUCAUCAAUUAUUAUUAUACUACUAUUAAAAUGUCAUUACGGAUCUUGUAUCGCGCUAGAGAACAAGGGACCUCGCAGCACUCUCGCAC